AUGGGCACUAAUGGCAGGCUUGUGGCUGGCUCGCAUAACAGGAACGAGUUCGUGCUCAUCAAUGCUGAUGAAAUUGGAAGAGUGACUUCAGUGAAAGAAUUAACCAGCCAGAUUUGCCAGAUUUGCGGCGACGAGAUCGAGUUCACAGUCGACGGCGAGCCAUUCGUGGCCUGCAAUGAGUGCGCUUUCCCAGUCUGCAGGCCUUGCUACGAGUACGAGAGGCGGGAAGGGAAUCAGGCCUGCCCGCAGUGCAAGACUCGGUACAAGCGCAUCAAGGGCAGCCCGCGGGUUGAUGGGGACGAAGACGAGGAUGAGUUUGACGAUCUUGAAUAUGAAUUCGAUUACAGUAAUGGUAACGAGAAGAGAGAUCAAUUCUCCGAAGCUGGUUAUUCCAAUCGAUUGGGACGUUCGGCUUCGGGUAUCACGAAUCAAUCGGAGUUGGAUCCUGUCAACUCUGAGAUUCCUCUCCUUACUUAUGGCCAGGAGGAUGAUACUAUUUCAACUGAUAAGCAUGCUCUCAUUAUCCCUCCAUUCGCGGGUCGUGGGAAACGAGUGCACCCGGUGCCGUAUACGGAUUCAUCCAUGACUUUACCUCCAAGGCCUAUGGAUCCCAAGAAGGAUUUAGCUGUGUAUGGUUAUGGCACUGUUGCUUGGAAAGAAAGAAUGGAAGAAUGGAAAAGAAAGCAAAAUGAGAAGCUGCAAGUGGUUAAGCAUCAAGGAGAUGAAUUUGAUGAUCCUGAUUUACCCAAGAUGGAUGAAGGCAGACAACCACUUUCGAGGAAGCUACCGAUUCCUUCAAGCAAGAUCAACCCUUACAGAAUGAUCAUUCUACUGCGAAUGGUGAUCAUUGGAUUGUUCUUUCACUAUAGAAUCCUACACCCGGUCAAUGAUGCAUAUGGACUGUGGCUAACCUCGAUUAUAUGUGAGAUUUGGUUCGCUGUCUCGUGGAUAUUCGACCAGUUUCCCAAGUGGUUCCCCAUCGUGCGUGAAACUUACCUUGACAGACUGUCUCUAAGGUAUGAGAAAGAUGGAAAGCCAUCCGAGCUGUCCUCGGUGGACGUGUUUGUGAGUACUGUGGACCCCAUGAAAGAACCUCCUCUUAUUACGGCAAACACGGUUUUGUCUAUACUUGCUUGUGACUACCCAGUCGACAAGGUCGCGUGCUACGUAUCAGACGAUGGUGCCGCCAUGCUUACAUUUGAAGCGCUUUCCGAGACGUCCGAGUUUGCAAGGAAGUGGGUCCCAUUCUGCAAGAAGUUCAGCAUCGAGCCUCGUGCACCUGAGUGGUACUUUGCUCAGAAGCUCGACUAUUUGAAAGACAAAGUCGAGCCUACAUUCAUCAGGGAACGUCGUGCAAUGAAGAGAGAGUAUGAAGAGUUUAAAGUUCGAAUCAAUGCUUUGGUUGCUAUGGCACAGAAGGUUCCGGAAGAGGGUUGGACCAUGCAAGAUGGUACCCUGUGGCCGGGAAAUAAUGUCAGGGAUCAUCCUGGAAUGAUCCAGGUAUUCUUGGGGCAAAAUGGUGUUCGGGAUCUCGAAGGGAAUGAGUUGCCUCGUCUAGUUUAUGUUUCUCGUGAAAAGAGGCCUGGAUUCGAGCACCACAAGAAAGCUGGUGCUAUGAAUGCUUUGAUUCGUGUCUCGGCUGUCAUAUCAAACGCACCUUACCUUCUUAACGUCGAUUGUGAUCACUACAUAAACAACAGCAAGGCCCUUAGAGAAGCUAUGUGUUUCAUGAUGGACCCUCAAGCUGGCAAGAAAAUAUGUUAUGUGCAGUUUCCACAGAGAUUUGAUGGCAUCGAUAGGCAUGAUCGUUAUUCAAAUCGCAAUGUCGUGUUUUUCGAUCUGUUCUGA